ACGAAUUUUAACAUGGUGUAGUAUGUGAUUGCGUGAGAGUGAGACAUAAGGAGUUUAACCAACCAUAACCAUAGAUAAAACGGUUUAACCAAGCGCUCCACCUCUAAAGAAGUUUUCGUUUGAAUGUAGGUUAGGCCUGGUUAAAAUAAGAUAAUUAUUCUUUUAUUUGGUGAUUGACAACAUUGGUUAUGUCGUCUUUAAAACAAACUUCGAUGAGUGCGUCACAGUCAUCUCAAGCAACGCCGGCACAGGAGUUCUCUAUACGGGUUCCGAAGGCCUCUAGGAAGAGACAUCACGUUAUGAGGUUCAACUCAGUUCUCAACGUAGACUUUGCAAAAUGGGGUCCAGUGAAGAUGGAAAGGGAGAACAAUGCAAAGGAAUUUGCAAGACCUGAUGAUGACAUGCCAAAAUUUGGUGCUGGUAGUGAAUAUGGCAGAGAGGCUAAGGAAGAGGCUCGGCGUAAGAAAUUUGGUAUCGUUAGCAAAAAGUAUAAACCAGAAGAUCAGCCAUGGAUACUCAAAGCUGGAGGCAAAACUGGAAAGAAAUUCAAAGGUAUCCGUGAAGGUGGAGUGGGGGAGAACGCAGCUUACUAUGUGUUCACGCACGCUGCAGACGGAGCCAUCGACGCCUACCCUCUGUGUGAAUGGUACAACUUCCAACCCAUCAACAGGUACAAGUCACUCUCGGCAGAGGAGGCUGAACAAGAGUUUGGAAGGCGAAACAAGGUGAUUAACUACUUUUCUCUGAUGUUGCGGAAACGGUUGAGGAAUGACGAGGACGGAGAUUUGGAUGAAGAGGAAGGGAAAACAAAGCGAGGAAAUUCAAAAAAGUCUAAAGACUUCAAGAUAUCUGACAUGGAUGACUGGAUGAACACUGAUGACGAUGAUUCGGAGGAAGAUGAAGACAACGAUGACGAGGAGAAGAAAGAAAAGAAGAAGAAGAAACAGAAGAAUGAUAAAAACAAGAAAAAUGCUGCAAAGAAGAAGAAGAAGGGCGGCUCUGAUGAUUCUGCCGUGGAGGAAAGUGAUGAUGGAGAUGAAGAAGGUCGAGAACUAGACUACAUCUCCGAUUCUUCCGAUAGUGACUCUGACCAUGAAGCCAAGAUCGACAAAGAUAUGAAAGGAGUUGCUGAAGAGAGUGCCUUGCGUCGUCUGCUGAGUUCAGGCGAAGAGGACGAGGAGGAUGAGGAAGACAAGGAGAAGAAAAGUGAAGCAGAUGACAAGGAGGAUGAGGAUAAGGAGAAAAGUGGGAAGAAGAAGAAGAAAGCCACCAAGAAGGAGAAAGAAGAAAAAGAAGCCAAGGCCAAGGCGGAUGAAAAUGAUGAGUCAUCGAGUGAGUUCAAUGCUGAAAGUUCAGAUUCUGAUGCUGAUAACAAAGCGAAAACUCAGCAAAACAGUGCCAGUAGUUCUCGAUGCACCAGCCCAGCUACUCAAGCAGAUAAGAGAGCAGGCACUUCAUUGGAGGGUUCUGCGGCUAAGAAAGCCCGACUGGAACCUCUUCCUCUCAAUUUCAACAGCUCUGAUAGUGGCAUCACAGAGGACGCAGUUCGACGUUACCUGAUGCGAAAGCCCAUGUCGACUACAGAACUGUUGCAAAAGUUCAAGAGCAAGAAGACGGGACUUACGUCGGAACAGCUGGUGAACGUAAUGACACAGCUGUUGAAGAAAAUCAACCCUCAUAGACAAACGAUCAAAGGGAAAAUGUUCUUCUCGCUGAAACCUGUUUGACGUUUUAUUGUAAUCGGUAUAUUUUUUGUUUAUUGUUCUUUAAAUCUUUAAUUUACAUUUUGAACUUGUAUUGUUGUUUAGUCGUCUUUUAUUUAUUUUGCAAAUAGUACGUUUCACAAGGACCAAAAGUGAACAAAGCUUUUUGAAUUAAGUGCCGGUUAUACUGGUCUACAAGAUGAGCAAGGGCGAAAAAGUCACUUUUGAUCCUUGUGGUGAAUAGCAACAUUUUCUGUCAUACUGCCAAUGGUAUAACGCCAAUAAUUUAAUAUAAUAACUCUAAAUUACUUACCUUAACUGAAUCUGCCAGUUACCACUUGGUUUUUUUUAUUUUUCAAUUAAACGUCUUGAUUUUGAGGAGUAGAGUUGAGUUUUUAUAUCGCUAAUACUGAUUGCAUAUACUACCUGGGUAGGGUGGUUUAUUUUUCUUAAUUUCAUUGAUUUACUAUAUUAUUUCCUUUUUUUUGUAAAAAUAUGUUCUGUAUUAAUCCGAAUGAAUUAGCCAAUGAAUUCAAAGGACAAUCUACCUCAGUUGUAGAGCUUGAAAAAAACUCAAACAAAUUUGGGGCAACAAACUUUUUUAGCACCCCAACCCCAAAGCUUGUACCCCUAAACACGUAUUCUUAAAGCAGAAUGACUAUAAAAUGUCUGUUUGUAAAUACUGUAUUUAUUUUGGCUCGUGAAUGUCAGGGUCAUAGAUACAUUGGGAAAUCGAUAUGAAAUUUUGUUCUAGCUCAUGUUUAUAUUCCAAGCCCAUUUUCUACUGCUACAUAUUGUUGUAUUGUUAAAAAAUAUUUUUUUGUAAAUUUUUAAGUAUUUUCAUUUUUAAAUCUCUUAAUAUUUUCUUUAUACUUGACAUUUUUGAACAUCUACAGUUUGUGAAUAAAUUUAAUGACUAGCAUUGAAUUAAAUAAUAUUGAUAUUCCCAUAAGACAUUCGUUGUUUAUAAAUUUUACAGCGAAAAAACUAAACUAAACAUUUAACAAUCCUGUCAGUUUCUACUGUUAAGAAAUGAGGUAAGGAUCAAGGUGUAUACUCGAAUUAAUGUUGCAGGCAUAUAAUUAAUAUUUUUAUCUUUAAAAAACAAGAGUACUCAACUUGUUUAUAAGAAUUUCAGGGUUAAUAAGGUAUCACAAGGGCUUAUUGGAAACUUGGUUCUGUUGUAUUUAUGCCACUGACAUGUAAAUACAUAAUGUAUACCAUGUAUACGUUCCAAGUAAACUUUGGCUAUGA